UUCAGCUACUGUAGUUCGGUCAGAUCAAGAUGAGAAACCUUUAAGUGAGACGUCCUUGUGUGGACAUAGUUAAACACGAGGUGAUUCAGGAUUGUGUAUUGAAGUUGUUGCUUUCAGCAGCCUGUUAGGGAGUGCACGUGUAGGUGCGAUACACGCAGGAUAAAAUAUUAAGUGGAAGAUCUAGUACGUUCACUGAAUACUCUCAAAUAAUGUUGGAACAUUGGAUGUCGCCGUCUGAUCGUUGCAAGUAACUACUGGGGACAAAAUGUCCAGUCAAUGUCCAAGUAGAGAUUGUUUGGGGAAAUCUGUGUAAGAGAUGUCCGGGCUGGAUGACUGCUACCUUCCCAGCCUCAACAAAACAUCAUCCUCGGACUUGGAGUUCUACGAGACCGUCACCACCUCCGUCCUCGCCGUGGUGCCAAUGUUCCUGAUCAUCAUGGGGACGGUGGGGAACAUCCUGACCCUCAUCGUGCUCACCAGCAAGGCCAUUAGCCACAAGAGCUAUAGCUUGGCCAUCAGCCUGCGUUUUUUGGCCUGUAUGGACAUUCUGGUGUUGUGGACAUUGCUGGGCCGACAUUUUGUCUCCGGUGUCUUAGGCGAGGAUAUACGGAACUGGUCGUUUGACGUGUGCAGGAUCCACAAGACUUGGCACAUCUUCUGUACGACCGUGGUCAACUGGACCCUCGUCCUGAUCGCAGUCACGCGCUACGUGUCCAUCGCCUACCCCUUCCGGUCCCACCUGAUGGUCACUGAGGGCCGGACCCUGGUCUUUCUGGGCAUCAUCAUCGUCAUCUCGGGCUGUGCCUCGCUCAUCCCCUACAAGCAGUACGUCAGCAACUUGCAAUUCAAUGAAGAAUACUUAGUGGAAACCUAUAACCUGACGCCCAUGGAGUUUUUACAUUUGACCUGCGACCUUUGCCCCCUGAACCCCAAGGCCAAUGUGUCCCAUUACAAGUUCCUGUUGAUGUUGCCCAACUUUAUCGUGCCGAUGGCGUGUGUGCUGGUGUUCCACUGUCGGAUCGUCAAGACGUACCACUGGCUCUUCAACAAGAGGCAGAAGCUGCAGCAGCAGUACACGGAACAGGUGGAGCGGAUCAGCUUCCUAAAGAAAAGCGUCAAAAAUGGCUCGGUGACGUGUGAGGACAUCAACAAGAUGGAACACUUCGACAUGUCCACGUCCAAAUCCCCGCGCUUAGACCCUAAGCUCUUAAACUCCAACGAAAACAUUGAGCUCAAGUCGAUUCUGAGGCAGAGUAAACCCACGGGUCACUCAUUAAAGAAAGCGAGAUUCUCGCAUAUCAUGGACAUGGAGACUUCCAAAAUUCUAAUCUUCGAAGACGACACUGAAGACCCGAAUCAGGACGUGAAGCAUCUCUCCUUCUCCACGCUAGUCGACCCCUUCUGCAUCGAAGAGCUCAGGCUGUGGAUUGACAACGAAGAGAAGGCUCUGAAGCGGACGCAGACGGCUGUCGACAUUCUCUCCAUGGCCUUGAACCUCGGCUGCCCGUACAGGAUGAAACGGAAACUCUCCGUGGACGGCGAGGUGUUAACCCCGACCCCCACGCCGUGGUGCCGGUGGCUCUUCAUCAAAGUCUCCACCCUCAACAUCAUCUACAUCUCCACCGUCCUGAUGUUUCUCUUCAACACGCCCUACGUCGUGUGGUACAUCUUCUCGCCCUUGUUUUUCGGGCACUCGCGAAGGGAAAUCACCCAGCGCAUGUCCAUGCAUGCCUUAAUCAGCAUCUGGCAGCUGGCCAGCAACGCCGUGAACUGUAUCGUGUACGUGUUCCUCAACAACAAGAUGCAGGAGGCGUUCAGGAGCUACCUCUCGCGGCGCUCUGUCAGCGAACACGUGGAAGACUUCGUGGAAUAAUUCGACGAGUUGUUUGGUUUUCUCGAUUAGCCAUACCCUCGCUGUCGUAUAUCUAUUAUAUCGCUCGUGACAGUAGAUUAUAGAUUAGGGUUGGGUUUGGGUUAGGGUUUGGUUAGGGUUAUACGAAGCGUUGGUUUUAGUUGUUUUAAUUUCCCCUUGCAUUUAAUUUUUUUUUUAUCAGCUAUACUAGAAAUACAAACAUGAGGGUAUGGCUAAUCGA